AUGUUGCAGAGAUUAGGGUUCCUCCUGCACCUCUGCGCCAAGUCCGGAGCUCUCAGCCGCGGCCUGUGCCUCCACGGUGCUCUCAUCAAGAGAGGGCUAGACUCCGACGUCUUCCUCUCCAACCAUCUCAUUAAUCUGUACGCGCGGUGCGGCAGAAUCUCAGUCGCACGCCAAAUCUUCGAAGUAAUGCGCGAAAGAAAUCUCAUCUCCUGGUCCUUGAUCAUCUCCGGCUGCGACAAAGCGGGGCAAGCUUCGGCGGCCCUGGAAAUCUUCUCCAAUAUGCCUUUCCUGCCCAAUGAGUACGUCUACGCCGGCGCUAUCAGCGCCUGUGCCCAUCUCUCGGCGCUGUGGGAAGGGCGACAGGUCCACGCCUUCUCCUUCAAGACCGGGCACGCGGCCAUCUCCUUCGUAUGCAACUCCCUUAUCUCCCUGUACAUGAAGUGCGGCCGCUCUGAUGAUGCCCUGGUGAUCUUCAGCGGGAUGCCGGCCCCGAACUUAGUCUCUUUCAACGCCAUGAUCGCGGGUUUUGCGGAUGAUCUGCAGUUUCAGAGAAGCUUGGAUCUGUUCAAGGUCAUGAACCAGCGGGGCCUGCGUGCAGAUCAAUUCUCCCUGGUGGGCGUCUUGGGGGCCCUCGCUGGCGCUGGCGACCUCCAAUCUGCCGGUGGCACCUCCCUACACUGCAUGGCCCUCAAGCUCGGGCUCGACCGGUCGGCUUUCGCGGGCAACGCCGUGCUCGCCAUGUACUCGAGGAGCGGCUCCAUUAGAGAGGCUGAGAGGGUCUUCCAGCUGAUCGAGGACAAGGACGCCGUGUCCUGCAACACCUUCAUGGCCGCCUGCUCCCGCUGCGGAGACCACGCCAAGGCUCUGUUCGUCUUCCGAGCCAUGGCGGAGGGCCAUGGGGCAGAGCCCGACAGCUUCACCCUCGCCGGUGCGCUGGGGGCCUCCGCCGGCCUCGCUUCCGCCCACCAUGGCGGCGAGAUCCACUGCCACCUCCUCAGAAGCGGAGCUCCCAUGGACGCCGCCGUCUGCAACGCCCUGAUGAACAUGUACGCCAAGUGCGGGCGCAUCGGCUGCGCAGAGUCCCUCUUCCGCCUCCUUCCCGAGAGGAACCUCAUCUCCUGGAACACGAUGAUCGCAGGGCUCGGCAGCCAUGGCCGAGGGAGCCAAGCUCUGCAACUGUUCGAGGAAAUGCAAGCGGCGGGCGUGCCGCCGGACUCCUGCUCCUUCUCCGGCCUCUUGGCGGCCUGCAGCCAUUCAGGCAUGGUGGAGGAAGGCCUCGCCCUGUUCGACUCCAUGGAAGAGGAACAUGGCAUCACCCCUGGGCCGGAGCACCUCUCCUCCAUGGUCGAUCUUCUGGGCCGAGCCGGGAGGUUGAAGGAGGCUGAGGACUACCUGAAAGCUUCAAGCUUCAGCGAGGAUCACGUCGCGUGGGGGAGCCUGCUCGCUUCUUGCCGGCUCCACGGGGAGCUCGCCGUGGGGCGGCGAGUUGCAGAGAGGCUUCUGGAGCUGCGCCCGCCGAGCAGCUCCCCGUACGUGCUGCUAUCGAGCCUGUACGCGGUGGCGGGGCGGUGGGGGGAGGCCGCCGGCGUGAGAAGGCUGCUGAAGGGCUCUGGAGCGAGGAAGGAGCCAGGGCACAGCCUGAUACAGGUGGACGGUGCGGUGGAGAGGUUCACGGUGGGAGAUCUCUCCCACUCCAGGAUCGAGGAGAUCACGGCGACCCUAGGCCAUUUGAACCAGGUUGCUAGAAAAUUAUACUCAGUAGCUUCAGUCUAG